AUGGAGUUAGAAUCAGUAAAGAAAUUCUUAGAAAAAGGAGGAGAAACAGCGUCUAUGGUGAAGGGAUUUCCUCCCAAAUUCUUAGAACCCCUAAUCAUGAGUUCCCUUCGCGUCGAUCUCAUCGAGCCUGGCCGCGUCAUCUGCUCUAUGAUCAUACCUCCCCGUUUACUCAAUUCCGGAAAUUCCUUACACGGCGGCGCCACCGCUGCGCUGGUUGACGUUGUUGGCUCCGCCGCGAUUCCAGCCUCUGGAUAUUUAGGUCUCACGGGAGUUUCUGUUGAGAUCAAUGUUACUUACUUGGAUGCUGCCUAUGCUGAUGAGGAGAUUGAGAUUGAAGCGAAGGCGUUGCGUGUAGGGAAAACCCUUGCUGUUAUUAGUGUGGAAUUUAGGAAGAAGAAAACUGGCAAGGUUUUUGCUCAGGGACGUCAUACCAAAUAUCUUCCUGUUGCAAGUAAAUUGUGA